AUGAGGGAGUGUUUUAAGCAAUUCAUACAAGAAACAGCAGCCAAAAGUAAAAAUGCGUUAAAUGAGAAAGAUGAAGUAAUAAAACGGCUCAAAGAGCAUAUUGAUACCUUGAACAGUGAAAUCUCCAGUAAAGUUCAAUACGUGAAUUCUAAAGAGGAUGAAAUAAAAAAGCUUAAGGCUGAUCACCAAUAUGGAUUCAGUGUUUUGGUUAAGAAAUGCUCCGACAUGGAAGAGAAGCUGAUUAAGAGUGAGGAAACAAGAUUAAACUUAGACGAACAGUCAAAGAACUUUCUUAGGGAUUUACAAGUCAAACUAAAGCAGAAGGACGUUAUGUUUCAAAGAACGCAAAAUGAAUUGAACACAGCGCGGGAUACAAACAGGAAACUUACUGAACAACUCGAGGGUGCUACACAGCGUUCGAAAAAGCAGGAAUUACUAGCAAAAGAAGCUGGAAAAAUCAUCCAAAAUAUCACAGAUGAGAAAGAUAAUACCGUUAUAAAGUUAAAGGAAUCGAACGAACUAUGUGAUAAGAUGCAGAAACUUUUAAUGGAAAAAGAUUCCAUAGUAACAUCACUUAAAAAGGAAAAAGUCUCUCUAACCGAGCAAAUCAGGAAUCUGUACCAUCAAAGCUCAAAACUUCAAGACAAGCUCGAGUUGAAGAAGAAAAAGAUUGAAGAAUUUGAACAUAACAUGAAAAGACUGAAAACGUUUGUGGUGGAACUGCAACAGAAAAACAACAAAGCCGGACAGUUGAACUUUACUAUUAGAGAACGGUUGGAGUGGAUGAAUAAGGCCAAUGAUGGGAACGAAAAGUUAAUGAAGGACCUUAAACUAGCAAACAAGACAUCUAAUGAUCAAAAGAACGCUUUGUCGAGAAAGCUUGCCUAUCAGGAAAAUCAAAUACGUUCCCAGGAAAAGAGAUUAAAGGAAUUGAAACAGUCCUUGGCGCAAAGGAAAGCUUCUAUCGUGGAGCUUGAACGUAAUGUCAGAGACUUGAAAUCUCGAAAGGAAGAACUUGAAAAUGAUACGUUUGUAUUAAAAAACCGCUUGCAGGAAAGUGAGCAAAGCAAUUUGACUUUGCAAUCAGCUUUGAACGAACUUAAAGUCAAAGAAAAUAAUUUAUUACUUCAAACACAAGAUUUUGAAAGAUGCAAAGGUGAAGAGAUCAAUACUCUGAAAAAAGAAAUAGAAGGGUUGAGAUUUUACCUAAGCCAAAGUGAAGACAUUAUUGCUAGUAUAACAAAAGAAAGAGAUACAUUGAUACAAGACCUUGAAAAAACAGUACAGACGCACAAAGAUGUCAAUCAGACGAUUGAAUCGUACAAUAAGUGCCUUACAAAUGAUAAAACUGCUCUUGAAAUAAAACUGAAGGACCUUGAAAAUGUAUUACUAGAGAGAAAUAACGAAAUUGGAGAUUUAAAGAACGUCCUGAGCUCUGCUGAAACAUCGCAUUGUUACUUAACAGAGCAGGUCGCCGAGUUAAACUCAUUAAAACUGGACAUGGAAAAGAAAAAGGAAGAAAUAAAUUCUCUCAAAGAACAACUCAAGGAAAUGGAGAGAGCAUCUGAAAAAGAGAUGCAAGAAGGACGGAAGAAAAUGAAAAAAAGUGAAGAAGUUUUCACGCGACUUCGAGAUGACUAUCAAAAACUUGAGUCUGUCUUACGCGAAAAAGAGAGCGAGCUCCGCGAAUCUCACAACACUAACAAUAAAAUCAUUCUCGAAAAUGAAGAACUUAAGGAGCUUCUCAACAAGACGUGUCAUAUAAACAAGCAAUUAGAUAUGACUUUACUUGGAUACAAAGAAAAUGCCGAUAGACACGAAUCCUCACUGGCGCAGCUUAAAACGGAUAACGAAUUCCUGAAGGAAUUUGCAAAGGAUACAGAGAAAGCGAAGUUAAAGCUUGAUUCUCUUGAAGAGUCCCUUCAGAAAAAGACAACUGAGUUGAAAGAUCUGAAUGAUAAACUGUUGGCAGAGACGAAGCAGAGUUCCACACUUAGAGAAGAAUUGAAUAAACAAGAAUCGACAUGUAAUAAGCUAAAAGACCGUUAUGAAACCCGUAUCAAGACGUCAGCAAGAGAAGUAGACGAACUGAGAACUAUGCUGGAUGAAAAGAACAAAGAAAUAUCAGUGAUCAAAAUGGAAAAGAACAGCUGCGAAAUGAAACAAAGAGAAGCAGAAUUUAAGGUCUUGGAGUUGACUAAUAGCUUGAGAGAUGAAACAGCCUACGAGCAAAACAUUACACAAAGGAAUAAAGAGCUUGAAAUAGAGCUAAGAAAGAUUCAAUACGAGAAGAGACUUGGUCUGGUGUCGUCAAGCGUUGAUGCCGCUCAGAUUCUAAGGGAAAUACCACAGACGGACAUAGCAACAGAAAGGCGUCUCCAGCAAAAAGUAGACAACAUCGCCCUUGAUAAAAUACGCAACUUGCACACUAAGGCCUCGAAUCUUGAAGUUCAGUUGGAACAAGAACGACAUGACCGAGUUAAAGAGCACGCUGAAGUAGCAAGACUAAAGGCAGAGCUUGCUGUCUACAAAUCGCUACAGUGAUAUCAACGUCUGCUCUAUUUCUUUACAUUAUUUUUGUACUGACAACAGGGUAUGCUUUACCACGCUGCCUUAACGUUUUUUAUUAUAUUUUUGCAUUAAA